AUGGCAGAGAAGAUAAACAGCGUUCAAAUGACAAACCUUCAGGAAGGGACAAUUUCCCAGAAGCCUCCUCUGUCAAACAGCAACGGACGUCAAACAGGAGUAAAAAUGUGGCAGGAGUUUGUUGAUAACACAACGUUGCAUGGCAUUCGUUAUGUCUUUAUAAAGCGCCAUGCUGUCACUCGCCUUAUAUGGUUGAUUUUGCUAUUGUCGUCUGGUGGUUACUACAUUUUUACAGUUUAUAGAGCUUUUGAAAAAUACUACAGUCGUCCUAUUAACACUGUAGUAAGCAGAAAACAUCUAAGAAAAAUGGAUUUCCCAGCUAUAACGAUUUGCUCAAACAAUUUGUUUUCAAGAAGCAAAGUCUCUUUAGCUGAUGAUGAUCCAUCCUUUGCAUCCAGCGGUUUAAAUAUCUCGUCAUGCGCUGUCACAUCAAGAGCCCGAGCCAAUCGACCCUGUGGAUUGUCUUUGCUAUGCUGUUGUACUCCUUUUGAUAAUGAGAACGAGUCGCUUGCUCUCCCAAACUGUACAUUUGAAUACAAACAAGAACUGUUGAAAGAUAUACAAGUGUCUAACCAUCGUAUAGAAGUUGAGAGUUUUUAUCAAAAAUACAGCCUAAAUAUCAGUAAUCUUCUUGGACCUACUUGUCAGUUCAGUUGGAGGCAAACUCAGUGUUCAAUAACAGACUUCGAUCCCACAGUGACCGAGUGGGGAAUGUGUUACACUUUUAACUCAGGAAGAGAAAGCGAAAUUAAAAUUGUAGACACUGCUGGAGUUUCUUCUGGACUUACGCUGCUUCUCGAUGCAAACACAGCUGAGUAUACUCGUGGAAAAUUUUCCGAGGGAUUCAAAGUGUUGAUCCACGGGCAAGGUGAAUACUAUGAUGAAUUUGAUGGAAUCAGCGUGGGACCUGGGCAACAUGCUUCAAUCGCUCUUUCUCAGAAACGGGUUGGUUUAUUUGUUUGUUUGUUUGAGUGUAAUCUUUAUUCAAUUUAGUUGUCUGUUUGAUAGCUUAUAGGUUCAAGUGCCUUUUUUCUUUUAUUAAGGGUGGUAACAUCCUAGAAAAGUGCGAUUAUGAGAUUAAGGAUCGCAAUUUCAGUGCACGCUCUUCAAGCGUCUUUCUUUUCUGCCUGGUGCAUACAAAAGAAAAGACCUGAAUGGGUGAUACGUUGGCUGAUUCAAAUAGAACUGGUCAUGCAUAUGUAACGUUUUACUUCAGAUACAUAUUAGUUACAUUAUGUGGUUAAGUUGUCAGCUUAUUCUCAUUAGUAUGUUAUGUUUGUUUUGAAAGUUGGCUAUACUUUUUUUACUUUUAGUAUGAGAAUUUGGAGAAGCCAUAUGCCACCAACUGCACAAAUAAACCAUUAAACACAUUUUCUAAGUACUCAUCAGAAGGAUGCCUUUAUGAGUGCAAGGUUCAAAGCACUAUUAAAAUUUGUAGCUGUCGACCCAUCGGCUACAUUGGUAAAUUUAUGUUCUUAAUUUAUUUUGACCAAUAAUUUAUAAGUAAAAUAUUAAUUAUUAAAGUUAUUAAAAAAAAAAGAAGUAAACUGUGUAAAAAAUCACUCACACCUCAACAGAAAGUUGAGGGCUGAGCGUUCCAGUCAGAUUCUUUUGCACGUUAUGCCUUCGAAACGUAAUACUUGAACGUGUCAACUACCUUCAAGUACUUCCCCCCUUCUAAAGAGUACACGACUUAUUUUCUAAGUCAAUUUUUUUUAAUAAUCACCAAAUUCUUCACCACGCAAAAGUAGUUGAAGGUGAUGCUUCUUCCUGCUUCCAGUUCACAGGACUGAUUUGACUAAUUCCACCGUCCUCACGACUUAGUGCUGUUUUUCAUAGACUAAAAAAAACUUUGCGAAUCCUUUCGAUGAAUUUGAACGUCAUUUCAUGACUGCCAUUACUAUGCAUAUUUUCUGUUUAUAAAAUUAUUUUGUUUAUUCCUUGUUAGGUUCCCGUGACACUCCUCCGUGCCUAUCCCCCAACGAGGUUAAAUGCAGUGACAGCGUUGAUGGUGGGAAUGUUGUUAGAACCUUUUGAUCUCAAAUUGACAAGUUAGAAUUGCGGUGUGAAUGGUCCUGUAGACAUUCCACGAAAUACCCAUGUUACCUAGUUGCAUUUUACUUGCCAACUCGAUUUAUUGUGGUGCCGGAUGGUCUCCGUUUUUUGAUUCAGCAAACUCAAACAGUGUUACUAUGCCUCUCGUUUCGACAUAAAAAUUAAAUUUUAAACAAGCACAUAAGCCGCUUAUAAUUACUGACACUGAUCAUGUGUAAGGUUUGGACCUCAAAAAUGAUCCGUGUCAGUGUCUUAAUACGUUAUUAAGUUGUAUUUGGCCCAAAGCUUAAUCAAUCUACUAUAUUUUUAGUUUCUGUUCCAGGCUGAUUGUCUGUACAACUCUUAAAUCAGAAGUAAAAUAGGUCAUUUACGAAGUGAAGGCUUGUAUGCAUUUGCUGUAGAGGAUUCCAAUUUUUUAUUUUUAUUUUCAUUAAUUUUUUAAUUUCUACUUUCAUUAUCGUUUCUUCAUAAAGCGUCUAUAGACGAAGACAUGUGUGACUGCCAAGUUCCUUGCUUUCAAACUCGAUAUCAAGCUGAGGUUUCUUAUUCAAAGUUCCCGGAUAUAGGCACUGCUGAAGACCUAUUGAAUGAGGGCUAUGAGAGUUUACAGCACAUGAGGUAUUUUCAGUGAUAUUUGCCAGCAUGGCAUAGAUAAAGAAAACCUAUUACUAUUAGCCUAUUAAAUCCAGAGCAUAUAUUUCUUUUCUGCCCCUGUAACGGUUUUGGUCUUUUGUCUCGUUUUGAGUAAAAGUGGAGACAUCGUCAAAGGGGAUACAUUAGAGAAAGAACUUGAGCUCAAACAGACUGAAAAAUCCUGGUCUGAAUAAUAUAAUAAUUCACAUUUAAGCAACCCAAGGUUUAAAAAAUUGGUUUUAGCGAAGAUGCCAAAGAUUCUGAUUCGAAAUGCGGACAGAUAAUGGCUACGUUUUCUUGCGAGUCAGUAUUCAUAACUUUUGUUAACAUUUUGAUGUCCCCACUUUUCAGAGAUAAUCUUGUGCUUUUACAAGUUGGAUUCAAGUCCUUGGGAUAUGAGAUGCAGAAACAGCAGCCGGCAUAUGACAGCAACUCAUUAUUUGGUGAGAACUUAAUAUUGAGACAUAAAGUUAUAUUUGUCACGGUCAGCUGUAUUCGUAAGCUUGUACAAUAUUCUCAAUGGUGAUUCCUCCUUCUCCAUCAUAGGUGAGAUCGGUGGAAAUAUGGGCUUAUUCCUGGGAUGCAGCCUGCUAACCAUAUGCGAAUUUUUGGAUUUUUUCAUGAGUUACCUAGCAGCACGAAACCGUAACGUGACUCACCCAGCGUAAUGACUGUACAAAUAAUUGUGCGGGAAUUUGCCCUUCAAAUGUCGUUUGUCUACACAAAAUGAUGUUCAGACGAAUUAAGGUUCAAAAGCUAUAAAGACUGUAAAGGACUGGUAACUGUAUAGUGGUUGGCGCUCUGACAACUUGAGGCGAAGUCAGAGUAAAAGACAAGUUGUUGAAAAGUCAAUCACUGUCAUUAAUAUCAGUAAUUUUCAGGAUAACCUUCACCUGGACGAUCUUGGUAGUUAAUGUUCCUUCCGCUUCCAAAUCAUGUCUACUAUAUGAAAACUCAUUUCUCUCAGGCGCGUUAGAAAUCAUGGACACGCAGAUGAUGCCACAGUAGCUUAGUACCGUCAUAAUUUACACUGUAUUUCCAAAGAUACAAAUUGAG